GUCGAGAAGGGCGCUGAUGUCAACGCCCAGGGUGGAAACUAUGGGAAUGCUCUCUAUGCGGCUUCGUUUGAAGGUCAUGAGCAGGUAGUAAGGCUGCUGGUCGAGAAGGGCGCCGAUGUCAACGCCCAGGGUGGAUUCUAUGGGAACGCUCUCCAGGCGGCUUCAGAACAAGGCCACGAGCAGGUGGUGAGG